UUGAAACAUCGUGGUUGUACUCAGCUUGUCAGCAGCUAGUUAGUGCACCUUUAGCUAGCCUUGUAAGUGUAACACAUUUUGUAGUUUUCUGUCAAAAGGAAGAAACUCGACAUGAUCCGUUAGCUUUUAACCAGCUCGCUAACACUAACAAACAUGCUGACGUCCGUCGCCUGUUCGUGUGUGCGAAACGGGAGGAAAAUAUCGCUUCCUGCUGCCAGGCUGUGCACAUUUUCAACCUUUAGGAAGUCAUCAGAACCGCUAACUCUAACAGGCAGACGGGAUGUGUCACAGCACCCUUUAUCCUUAUCCAGGCUUCUCACACACACUCCCUGGCAUCCUAGGCCCGUGUGUCUGUCAGCCCCCUCCCGAGGAGACGCGGGCCCACUGGACUCCCCCUCUGAACCACUUGAGUGGGAAAACUUCGGCUCUCUGUCUACCGACAUGGCCUCCAGGAGGUCGUUCAGGAAAAGCAGCCCAGGCCUCCGGGACCUGCAGUACCGGGAAGACGGAACCGGGAACGAAGAAGAGCGAGAAGACGCCGGUAAACCUCAGAGGAGGCUCGUGAGGAGAAAUACACCGUACUGGUACUUCUUACAAUGCAAAAAGCUCAUCAAAGAGAACAAGCUACAGGAGGCUCUGGAUGUGUUCAGCAGAGACAUGCUGCAGGGAGAGAGGCUGCAGCCGGAGGAGUACAACUACACGGUCCUGAUAGGAGGCUUUGGACGAGCUGGACAGCUGAAAAAAGCCUUCAAACUCUACAAUGAUAUGAAGAAGCGCGGUCUCACUGCUAACGAUGCAACCUACACGGCGCUCUUCAACGCCUGCGCCGAGUCGCCUUCAAAACAGGCUGGCCUGCAGCAAGCGCUGAAGCUAGAGCAAGAGCUCCGUCGCAAAAACUACCCUCUCAGCACAAUCACGUACCACGCUCUUCUGAAGGCGCACGCCGUCACCAACCACCUUCAGGCCUGCAUUUAUACGCUCAGGGAGAUGCUGGAGAAUGGUCAUGCUGUAACUCAGGAGACAUUUCACUACCUGCUGAUGGGCUGCUUGAAGGAGAAAGAGGCAGGAUUCAGGCUGGCGUUACAGGUGUGGCGCCAGAUGCUGCGGUCAGGGAUUCGUCCUGACUCGCACAACUAUACCCUGCUCCUGAGAACUGCCAGAGAUUGUGGACUUGGCGAUCCUGCCUUGGCCACUGCUGUUCUGCUGGGGACUGACUGUGAGGGUCAGAAAGGGAGCAAGGAUGCGUCGGAGUCCAGGUGCAAGGCUGUGAUAGACAUCGACCUACUUGAGAGACAGUUAUUCCAGCCUGAGCAGAAGGAAGACAGCAGUGAGACGCGACUCAGACAUGACUCAGCCCAUCUGAUCCCGGUCAGGCAAACAGUAAAUGCCCGAUUACCCGGAGAGUUAGUCGCCAACUCCUCUGCUCCUAACCUACUAGAACUUUUUGAGGGUAAAAGAGGUGCUGUGGUCUCCCUUGGCACUGUAGAUAAAAUGUCAGACAGGCUCGCCCUCAUCGGUGGAGCUAAAGGUUUUCUAGAGAGGAUGGAAGCUAACGGACUCAGUCCAAACCUCAGGACUCUGACCCUACUGGCCAACACGAUGGAGCCAGGCUACCAGUCUCUGCAGGUGUUGUUGAAGGUCGCCAAACGGCAUCAAGUGAAGCUUGAUGUCGCGUUCUUCAACUCUGUGAUUCACAGAUCAGCGCGAGCCGGGGACUUGGACGAGGCAAAGGCUGUGCUGAGUGUAAUGAGACAGCGCAAUGUAAAUGUGGAUCUGCAGACAUUUGGGUGCCUUGCAUUAGCCUGUGACCAACAGAAAGACGGCCUUCAGUUGCUGAAAGACAUAGAGGAAGCAGGACUGAGGCCUAACGUCCACGUGUUCUCUGCUCUGAUUGGCCGAGCGAGUCGCAAACUGGAUUACGUCUACCUAAGAACAAUCCUUAAAACCAUGAGUGACAUGAAAGUCUGGCCUAAUGAGGUCAUCAUCAGACAGCUGGAGUUUGCUGCACAAUAUCCUCCCAACUAUGACCAGUACAAAUCCAGAAACAACUAUCUGGUCCAAAUUGACGGUUUCCGUGGUUACUACCAGCAGUGGCUCAAGCACAUGCCUGCUCAGAGCGCUGAGGAGGAGCAGGGAGCGCUGCAGUCCCAGACAGAUGCUGCAGAGCUGAGAACAGAGGCUGCAGAUGGGCUGACGGAGGCCCAGAGGAACCACAGAGCAGCAGCCAGGAGGUGUCAUACUCGCAACAGGGACAGGAAGAGCAGCAGCACAUCCGCUGUAUGACUGAACUCCAGGAGAUCAUCACGACCACUCUUUUACCUGCUGCUUGUUCUGUAAUAAACUUUAUAACCCUGGAUGGACUUGGAUCAAAAUAGUGGCUCGGGUUGCGUUAUUCUUGAAAAACAGUGAUGUCAUUGUGAUUUAUGUUGCAGUUUCCAGUUUUUUGGCUUGUUUAUUGAAAAAUAAAACUUCUUCAUAUCCAU